UAACGUUACCACAGACAAUCCGGAAGUGAGGCGUUUAUUGACAAUAUGGCGACCGGGCCGUCUGAGAGGGGACGGGGCAUUUUUGGGUUUUGUCGGUGACCGCAGAUGUGGAUGAUCAAAGCGAAAGCUGUGCGCGAUAGAGUGUGAUGAAUGAAGGGACUCGGGAGCUGUCGGGAUGUUGUCUCUGAGCUGAGCGAGCCUUCACCGCUUCAGGUUCAUCAUGUCGUUCUUCAGAAGGAAAGCAAAAGGAAAGGAACCCGAGAGACCAGCAGAUGCCAAAGCCAGCAAAGCCCCAGUGUCGCCCCACUCCCCCUCUCUUAGCGGCCGUAAUCAUCAUGCUAUCCUGGAUGCAGCAGGACCCAGCCAUGUGGCCAUCAAUGCUAUCUCAGCCAACAUGGACUCCUUUGCCCGCGGCCGCACUGCUAUUCUCAAAAAACAGCCUAGCCACAUGGAGGCAGCACACUUUGGAGACUUAGGUCGCUCCAGUGUCAACUACCAGGUUCAAGAUACUCGCUCUCAGCUUUCUAAAACUGUAGAGCAGAUCUUGCAGGAUAAUGUGGCCUUGCCCUACUUCAAACAGUUUAUGGAGACCCGCUCAGUUGAGCACCUGCUCCGCUUCUGGCUUGAGGCUGAGAGCUUUCGAUCCACCAGCUGGUCUAGGGUCAGAGCACACAGCCUCAACUCAGUCAAGCAGAGCACCUUGGCUGAGCCUGCGACUGCCCUUGAAUCCCCCGACUCACCAGACUCUCCCAAUGACCCCAGCAGACCCUCAGCUCUCAAUGAGGGAGAUGAAGAGGACACUUUCUCCUCGCAGACUUCCUCCAGACCUCACACUCCCAGCCCUCAAGACACUAACUCUCAUACCGUGGCUCUGAUUGGCCACAGGAACUCUGUAAGCUCAGAAGGGGUGGCUCGGCCUGGGACUCCCCACCUGCUGCCCACCCUAAGGUCAGAAACACCCACCAGACAGCCCUCCUCCAGAACAGGCACUCCAGUUAAAGGGCAGUCUACUAGUGGCCUCUCUGAGAAGCUCAUGAAAAGUAUAGAGAGGGAUGCCGUUAACAUUUUCACUAAGUACAUAUCUCCAGAUGCUGCUAGGCCAAUUCCCAUCACUGAACCGAUACGCAACGACAUUGUGGCGAAAAUCUGUGGUGAAGACGGACAGGUGGACCCAAACUGCUUUGUCAUUGCACAAUCUGUUGUUUUCUCCAUCAUUGACCAACAGCACUUUAGUGAGUUCCUGCGCAGCCAUUAUUUUUGUAAGUACCAGAUCGAGGUGCUGACCAGUGGUUCUGUGUUCCUAGCGGACAUUCUGUUUUGCGAGUCGGCCCUCUUUUACUUCUCUGAGUACAUGGAGAAGGAGGAUGCAAUGAAUAUACUGCAGUUCUGGCUGGCUGCAGAAAACUUUCAAGAUCAUUUGGCUGCCAAGAAAGGCCAGUACGAUGGACAGGAAGCCCAGAAUGAUGCCAUGAUUCUCUAUGACAAGUAUUUUUCACUCCAAGCCACAAAUCCAUUGGGUUUUGGUGACUCUGUACGGAUGGAGAUUGAAUCCAAUAUCUGUAGAGAAGGCGGACCUCUCCCAGACUGCUUCAACACUCCACUAAGACAGGCCUGGACCACCAUGGAGAAGGUAUACAUGCCAGGCUUUCUGUCAAGCAACCUUUACUAUAAGUAUUUGAGUGAUCUUAUCAACUCCGUACGGGUGGACGAGUUUAUUGGAGGAAAUGCCAACACUCCAGAAGGCGACCGCAACUCUAGCGUCAUGGAAGGGUCACAAGCCCAGCAAGGAACUAAAAAAGUGGCAGUCAGGAUCCUGAAGAACUUUGAUGAGGCGAUAACGGUGGACAUCGCCAGUCUGGACCCUGAGUCUCUCUAUCAGAGACCUUAUGCUGGAAGAAUGACCUUUGGGAAAGUGAAUGAGCUGGGCCAGUUCAUCAGAGAGGCCGAGCCAGAGCCAGAUGUGAAGAAAUCCAAGGGUUCCAUGUUUUCUCAAGCAAUGAAGAAAUGGGUGCAAGGAAACUCAGAUGAGGCACAAGAAGAGAUGGCAUGGAAGAUCGCAAAGAUGAUCGUCAAUGAUGUCAUGCAGCAGGGACACUAGGGAAGCCCUGAAGUGAAGUCAACAAAAUUAUAGAUUUCUGUAUGAAAGGUGACCUGGUUCUGUUUUCGUCAGCUAUGACCCUCUCGUUCAGUGUGGAAGCAGCUCCUACCCUCUCUCCUGUCGCCCCUCUGCAUGAUGACUGGAGAAGCAGAUGACCAGAAGACGAACACAGAGCUGAACUGCAUUAAGAUACCAGUGAGGACCUGAAAGAGACAUUCCACGACUUCCUGCAUGUGUUUGUGUGUGAGAGCGUGAGUGUUUAGAUAUGCACACUAAUAGCCAAAAUAAGUUUUCUGUAUGAUCUACCCCAUCACCUCUAGGAAUUGUUUAUUAUUUGAAGAGGAGUGUAAUGAGUUUAACUACAGACAUAAAUAAACCUGUAAACGCACUGCAGACGAACAGAACUAAAUCUCAGUACAA